AUGAUCACCGUCUUCACGCGCAAUUACCCGAUGGAUCUCAUCCGCCCAACACGCUUGCUAUACGAUCUCAUUGCGUUCAGCGACGACGUAGCGUACCAGCGCAGCGUGUUCUACCGCUUCCUCGCUGGGCUUGAGCAGGAUGUGUGGGGCAUCGAGCACAAGACGGCCAUUCUGCGGCUCAUCAUCAUGCCCAUGAUCGUCUACCGCGCACGCUCAGCUUCGCGUGACGCGCUACUCGACUCCGGCCUCGUCAAGCAGAUCCAUAAGCUGAUCUUGAUGCCUAUGAUGGCUGAGAACCCGCUUCUUGACGGCGACUACCUCCUGCAUAUUGAGCUGUUGCACUUCACGACGGUCCUGGUUCAAACCUACGGCCCCCAGCUUGAUGAGGCCCGUCGCGACAUCAUCAAGUGCACAUGGAACUUCAUCACCAGCGAGGACGCUAUGGUACGCCAGGUCGUGUACUUGCUCGCGGCCAACUUCUUUGCCGCGUACGACACGCCGGAGAAGUUCAUCCUCCGUGCUUGGACGGGUUUGCUGAAGCCACCGCACUACGAGUCUCGCACGCUCGUGAGACGGGCGCUCAAUAUACUGACGCCGAGCUUGCUGCGGUGCAAGUCGGCUGAGGACGGUUUCCCUGUGUGGGCGAAGACGACGAGGAGGUUGCUCGCCGAGGAGAGCCAUGGGCAGUCGCAGUUGAUCAUUGUCUACCAGGUCGUCGUCCGGCAAGCAGACCUUUUCUAUCCCGUGCGCGCACUGUUUAUACCUCAUAUGGUCAACUCGUCGCACAAACUCGGAAUGCACGGCUCAGCGUCUGCCGAGACGCGACAUCUGUCGAUCGAGCUGAUGCAGACCAUCGUCGACUGGGAGCAGGAGGCGGCGGAGCAGAAGCCGGAGCUGGAGAAGAAGGUCGUGGGCUUGAAGGCGGAGUUGGCGAAGAAGGGCGCGGAGUUGAAGGGAGCUGAGAGGAAGGAGAAGGAGGACGAGCUGAAGGCGGUCGAGCAAGAGUUAGCCAUCUUUUGGCGCACACCACUUCCGUUCCGCGAGAAUGUGGUCAGCUACCUCGUGCGGCUGACCACGGUGCAGCAUGAUAGCUCAUCGCGUACCUCCAUCAUCGGCCGCGCGUUGGCGCUGUUGAAGCAGAUCGUCGGAACAAACGGGUGGAAGGAUGUCACUGUCAAGUUGCACUUCUUUGGUAGGAUGUUUGAACAGGCCGAUCUUACGACUUUGAGCCCGGAUAAUUUCGCUGCCGCGCUGCUCUUCGCCAAGGUUCUGCAGGUUGUUACGAUUGAUAAGACCGAUCUGUGGUAUCAAGAUCCCGACAACGCCGUAGUCUUGUCAAAGCUCGUCCGCAAGGGGCUGCUCACCGACGUCGCCUUUCAAGAUGCCCUCCAUCCGAUCUUCGACCGUCUCGUGCCCCGUUGCCCAAAGAGGACGAAGAGCAGCACCCGUUGCUAUCCGACUUCCACCACUGGGUGA